UGGCGGCCCAUCCAGAAUUCCAGACAAGGCUAGUCAACUCGGCAAGGGUUUCCUCGCCGUUGCCGUCGCCGUCGCCGUCGCCGCUGCCGCUUCCGCUUGCGUGCCCUCGUCGCCGUCGAAUCGCUCGCCCGUCGGUCGGGUCCGGUGACCUCGCUGCCUCCGAGAUCCUCCUCUCCUCGCCUGCGCGCUCUUCCCGUCGGCUAGAAGGGCUGCUUCUUCCGUCCCGGCUCCGUCGCCAUCCCCCCGCCGGCGGCGACUUGGGCGGCCUCGGCUACUUCGCCCUUGUUUUCCGGCCAAGUUGAAGGUUCCGGUUCCGUUUCCGAUCCUCAGAUUUUGAGAAAAUGGAUCCUGAAGAUCUUACUGACUCUGAGGAAGAUGAAGAUGAUGACAUGAUGUUUUUUAUCUUGCCUACACUAUAUCUUGUUUCUACUGGAAGCGAAGAGCCAUGUCAUACAUCGAAGUUCAGUGGUGCAGAGUGGAUUUGUGAAGUGCUUGAAGAUGACCGUGGUGAAGGCUAUGCCAAAUUUCGAAUGGAGCCUCAAAUUCUUCAGAAAUUUUCAGACCUUCUUAGGUCAAAGAAUCUUUUGCGGAAUACAAGAGGCGUUUCUGUGGAAGAGCAAAUUGGCAUGUUUAUUUAUAUGCUCUCUCGAAAUGCCAGCUUUCAGAAAAUGAGUGAUAGAUUUGAGCACAGUAGGGAGACUAUCCAUAGACAUAUCAAGGCAUGCUUUGAUGCAAUCACCUCAUUGACAGAUGAGUUUGUCAAGCAUCCUUCAACUGAGACUCAUUGGAAAAUAUCAUCUGAUCCGCAAUAUGGGCCUUAUUUUAAGUGUGUUUCCUUGCAGAACUGUAUAGGGGCAAUCGAUGGAGUUCAUGUACCUAUCACAAUAUCAGACUAUGAAGCAGCUCCAUAUCGAAAUAUAGAAGAUUCCCUUUCUCAAAAUGUGAUGCUGGCUUGUGACUUUGAUUUGAAUUUUGUCCAUGUGUGCAGUGGCCACGAAGGGUCUGCAUCCGACGCGGCAGUCCUAUAUGCUGCUGUGGAGUCUGGAUUUGAAGUCCCAAGUAACAAGUAUUAUUUGGUUGAUAGGGGUUAUGCAAACACACCAUCUUUUCUUGCUCCUUAUAGAGAAGCUGCAUACCAUAUUGAAGAGGAGGAGCAGAGCAAUUGUCAGCCAAGUGACUACAAGGAGUUGUUCAACCUUCGUCACUCAAAGCUGCGCAACAACAUAAAGCGUGCCACAGCGCUAUUGAAGAUGAGGUUCCCAAUUUUAAAUGUCGCAACAUUCUAUCAGAUAGAAACUCAAGCGAAAAUCCCAGCAGCAGCAGUGGUGCUGCACAAUAUAAUGCAGGGCCAAAAAGAUGAUGAUGAUGAUGAUGGGUGGGCAUUUAACCAGGCAAUGCCAGUUUCAUCCCGUAGAACUGUAGUUUUACCCAGUGGGGAUGAUGCUUAUGGCAAUGAUGUCGAAGAACUGAACAACCAAUGUAGCAUGGGUGAUGCUUUGAGAGAUUAUAUUGCGAAGAAGAUGUGGACAGAUUAUGAAAGGAACAGGAGGUAGGUUUCCCUAUUCUGAGGCCAAACAACAUAUAGGUGAAAGGAAAGAGCUGCUCAUGUGUGAUUUGUAUCUUGAAUUCUGAUGUUUAUGGUUAAAGAUGGAACUAGGCAAUGCCCUGUAGAAGCUGUACUCAGUUGACACCCACCAGUAAGAUAUGGCAUUUUCAUGUCCUCCA